AUGAGACUAUCUUCAAUACUAAUAUUUUUAAUAAAUUUAAUAUCAUUAACAAUAGCAGCAUAUUCAUCAUCAAAAAUAAUACAAGCAAAUGAUCAAAAUUUUAAUCAAUUAAUUAAAACACCAGGAAAAUUUACAUUUGUUGAUUUUUAUGCAGAUUGGUGUAGACAUUGUAAAAAAUUAUCACCAAUUAUAGAUGAAUUAUCUAUAUUAUUUCAAGAUUAUCCUCAAAUUCAAAUUUUAAAAAUUAAUGGUGAUAAAGAUGGUAAAAAAUUAAGUAAAAAAUAUGUUGAAAUUGGUUAUCCUACUUUAUUAUUUUUUGAUGAUACUGGAAAACAUACUGAAUUUCAAGGGAUUAGAGAUUUAGAAACUUUUAGUAAAUUUAUUCAACUUUUAAGUGGGAUAAGGUUAGGUGAUAAAGUUAAUGAAGAUUUAGACAUUGAGAAUCUGAGUAAUGAUAAUGAUAAUGUUUCACAUAAGCAACAAAUUUUACAAACUGAAGAAGAAAAUAAUGAAGAAGACAGUCAUAUAAUUGAAUUAACUGCUGAUCUGUUUAAAAAAACAAUUGAAACUAAUCCAAAUAUAGUAGUUUUAUUCAGUUCUGAAUAUUGUAAUGCAUGUCAAGAUUUUGAACAUUUAUAUAAACAAUUAACAAUAGAAACAUUUGGUAAAGAUUUUGAAAAUUUAAAAUUCGCAGAGAUAAUAGUUGAUGAUGAAGAAAGUCAAAAAAUUGUUAGUUCCUACGGUCUUAAAAAUUUACCAAGUUUAUUAUUUUUUAAAAAUGGUGAUAUAAAUAAACCUAUAAUUUAUAAUGGAGAUGUUAGAAAAUUUGAUAGAAUUGUAAAUUCUAUUAAUUUGUUUUAUGGAUUAUCCAGAGAAAUUGAUGGUACAUUAAAAAAAGAUGCUGGAGUUUUAUCAGAUAUUAGUUCUUCAAUUACUGAAUAUAUCAAAAAUGGAGAAACUAAAAUUGAUGAAAUAUAUGCCAAAUUAGAUAAAAUAAGUGAUAAUAAUAAAUCACUGGAAUUUUAUAAAUUAAUACUUGAAAGUUUAAAUUAUGGUACUAAAUUUUUAAAUUUAGAAUUUAAUAGAAUUCAAUUUAUACUUAAUGAAGAUUUUGAAAAAUUAGAUUCUUUAACUAUUGAUUUAUUAAAUUUAAAAUUAAACAUUUUAAAAUCUUUAAAAUUUUAA